ACCACAUGGCGAAACCAAAAGCGGCGGCGGCGUCAUCAUCUCAACCCGCCGACCGCAUCACACCCCAAACCCUCAUCUUCGACAACGGCGCCCACACCGUCAAAGCCGGCUUCUCCAACCCCUCCACCCCUCCAACCCUCUCCUCCUGCCACAUAAUCCCCAACUGCAUCGCCCGCUCCAACCGCGAUCGAAUCACCUACGUCGGCGCCGACCUGGAUACCUGCGCCGACUUUGGCGAACUACACAUCCGACGACCCGUCGAGAAAGGUUACGUCGUAAACUGGGAAGGCGAGAAAGCGAUUUGGGAACGAACGAUUUUCAACUCCAAGUCUCCCGUGCACUGCGAUCCGAGUCAGACGAACUUGAUUCUUACGGAGUCACCGAAUGCGCCGACGGCGUUGCAGAGGAAUGCGGAUGAGAUGGUGUUUGAGGAGUUUGGAUUUGCUUCGCUAUGGAGGGUUGCUGCGCCGGUUUUGACGGCUUAUUCGCCGUCUCCGUUUCCUAAUGCGGUCUCACCGGAUGCUGGAACUCCGCUUGAGGCUGUGCUUGCUGUUGAUGCUGGGCAUUCGCAUACUACCGUCACGCCGCUCUAUCAUGGACGACCACUUCACGCUGCUUGUCGUAGGCUGGAAGUUGGAGGCAAGCUACUUACGAACCAUCUUCAAAACCAACUCAGUCGAACGAUGGACAUGCAUCGCGAAGACUGGAUAUCUCAGGAGAUCAAAGAAGACGUGUGCUUCGUAGCCUCGGACUCAACCAACUUCUCGGACCUCCUUGAACGAGUAUGGAAGGGAGGAAGAAAUGAUCCACGCGAGAUUGAUGUCAGUGUAGUGGUGGACUAUGUUCUCCCAGACUAUGAAGUUCUCAAGCGAGGUUUCGCUCGUCAACACGAUCCGAGUAAGAGUGCCCGGCUGAGGCGGCUGGGUAUCGGGGGUACAAGCGAGAUGGUUUUGCCGAUCGGUAGUGAGCGCUUCGCAGUACCAGAAGUGUUGUUCACUCCUAGUGAUAUUGGGAUGCAACAGGAGGGUAUCGCGAGUACCGUGAUGCAGAGUCUCGCAGCAUUGCCAAAGGGGUUGUGGCAGGGCUUCUUAGCGAAUGUGGUGGUAGAGGGAGGAACCAGCUGCUUGAAGGGCUUCCCGGAAAGAUUCGAGAGUGAUCUGAGGAAGCUGGUGGAUGAAAAAUAUGUCGUCAGAGUCGCGAGAGCUGAAGAUCCGGUCAAGAAUGUGUGGUUGGGCGGUGCGCGGUUGGCACAGAACGAGGACUUGUUGAGAUCAUUGGUCGUGACCAAAGCGGAAUAUCUCGAACAUGGUGAUCUCUGGACGAGGAGGAAGUUUGCGGGCAAAGUCGGUCGCUGA